GCGGUUUUUACCUCGAUUUUUUUUUCUUUCUUUCGACUGCGGUUGCUUGGUCGGCGCUUGCGCAGAGAAUUCAGAGCUGAGGUGGCCGAGUUGUGGGGAGGGGUUUGGAUUGUCCAAAGCCACAGGGAAAAUGGUGGAAAAUUCACCGUCGCCAUUGCCAGAAAGAGCGAUUUAUGGUUUUGUUCUUUUCUUAAGUUCUCAAUUUGGUUUCAUACUUUAUCUAGUGUGGGCAUUUAUUCCUGAAUCUUGGCUAAACUCCUUAGGCUUAACCUAUUGGCCUCAAAAAUACUGGGCGGUCGCAUUACCAGUCUACCUCCUUAUUACUAUAGUGAUCGGUUAUGUACUCUUAUUUGGAGUUAACAUGAUGAGUACCGCGCCACUCAGCUCCAUUCACACGAUCACAGAUAACUAUGCUAAAAAUCAGCAGCAGAAGAAAUACCAAGAAGAAGCCAUUCCAGCAUUAAGAGAUAUUCCCAUUAGUGAAGUAAACAAGAUGUUCUUUCUUACAGGAAGAGAACUUCACACCAAAAAGUGAAUUGUGUGUAGGCAUACUAACUCCAAACAUUUAUUUGGAUCAAAUUCAUUUAAGAACCUAGAUGUUGAAAAGUGUCAGUAUGGAGAUCCUGUAACAUUAAUUAUGAAAAAUCCACCAUUAUUUGCCUUCUACGUUCAAUUUUGAGUCUUUUAAGAUUUUUUCUGAAGCUACUGAAGUUGCUGAAACAAGUUUGAUAGCUACAUCAGACAAAAUUCUCAUCAUCAUCUAACAUGGAGAUUACAUUUGAUGUGAGUGCAAGAUAGAUGAACUGCUGCAGGAUGAAAAGGCAAUUAGAAAUAAUGGCCUCUGGCCUUGAAGGCACACAAAUUAAAGGACUGUCAACCCGGCACAGAGAUCCUAUCAGUGAUGCAUCUGGCAUUUCACUCGACUACUGAUCUGGUACAAUUAUGGGAAAACUAACCGAUGACCUGAGUGAACAGACUGGGCCACUUGUCUCUGAAGGGAAAUUUCUUGGCCCCCAACUUCAGGCUUUGCUUUUCCAUCACUGCUGAGUGGCAGUAUGGCAGAGUGGGAUGACCUUUACUUAACCUUGAGAAUAACUCUACCCUUUCUUGGCCAAAAUAAAGACUGCAUAUCAAUGGC